AGGGCUUCUUCCAAGGGAAACCCGAAUUUGGGGUCUCAGGGAAGGUUUGCACAUGUGUCUGCCCCGGUUCACUCGUCACUUGCUCGGUCCACUGGUGUCUACUUUGCCUCGUAUCUGUCCCUGGUGGUGGCCAGUCUGCUGAAGAUGAUCUUCAUCACCCACACGAUGUGCCAGGCCACCACCCAGCCCCAACUGACUCAGUAGCUCCACUCCUUGCUGCUCAUGUUCUGCCCCAGCACAAGGAAAUGCUGUCCCCCUACAUCCCACUGGGGAAAUAUGGGGCCAUGUCUCACCCCCACUCCCCUGCCAGAUGACAGAGGUCAGCACUGCCCCCUUCCCUUCCCUGGGUGGCCUUCCCAGCUCAGUUCUGCACCUCUGUGUUCCUCACACCUGAAUCAACUAGGAGAGUUCAUGCAGAAUGGGCCAGCUAGGUCCCAGAGAGGAAAGCCCAGUGAGUACCCUGAGUCAGCAUGGGCCCAGCGGGGGCUACAAGCACAGAAGUGGUCCUCAGUGGAGCUGCAGGUGCGGUUCAGCCACCUGAUGGACACUGCUCUUCCUGGCCUCCUCCUCUUUCCUCCCCAUCAUAGCCCUCUGGAGCACAGAGGCAGAGUCUGCCUCCUCCGAUUGGAUUGAGCCCACCUCAUAGCUGCUUCUUGUAGUCAGCAAAGCGGCAGCACCUGAAUCUGCUGCUGUUUCAGCUCCUGACUG